AUUGUGCAAUUGGAGCUGCGAGGUGAAAGCAGAAUGGAGGUGGGGAGCUGCGAGGCGCUCGUAGGUUUGUGGUUUCAGCGGCGGCAGCAGCAGCAGCAGCAGCAGCAGCAGCAGCAGCAGCAGCAGCAAUAGUAGCAGCCAGCCAGCCAGCCAGCCGCCUGCACGGGGGGCUUUGUUACUUGCACCCAAUCGUCGCCCAUUAAGCCCCCUCCUCCUCCUUUUCCUCCCUCCGCACCCAGCCAAGCGGCCACGAUGGAGCAAGGACAGAAAGAUCUCUAAAAAAAGAAGACGAAGAAGGCAAGAAGAAGGGAGAGCGGCUCAUCGGAGCCCUCCUGCUCCUCGUCCUCCUCCUCCACGCCGGGAAGAGCGGCACCGACUCCCCGAGAGGCAAGAGGAGCCAUUUCUCUCCCCCCCGCUUCUAACGUGGCUCCGCUCUGGCUGCCGCGCAGGCACCUUCUUUGGCGGCGCUUCGCAGCCCAACCGGAGCUGUGACACUCAAGAUACUUCCCCUCCUCUCCUGGUGUUGCCUCGGAAGAUCCCGCACCCAACCCCUCCGCCUUCCUGUAGCCAACGAACUCAAUGAACCCAAUGAAACCAUCGCUCCCGCCCACCCCGCAUGGUGAUGGUUCAUAUGCCUACGAGUCAGUUCCUUGGCAACAGAAUACCAAUCAGCCUGCAGGAUCUCUCUCAGUAGUAACCACUGUGUGGGGAGUCAGCAACACAUCCCAGAGUCAGGUUUUUGGAAACCCCAUGGGCCCUGGGGGAAACACCUCUGGCAAUCCCAUGAUGCCCAGUGUGGCCAGCAGCGGCUCUGGAAUGAACUCACCUCAGUUUAUGGGGCAGCAGCCUUACCCUGAGGGCUCCACCGGGAAGGGCUACGUGCAGCCAGGAAUGUACAGUCGUAACACUUACCCUGCAGGGCCGGGAUUCACCACAAGUUAUACAGGCAGCCCCAAUGGCCCUGGGGGAAUGGGCAUUCCUGCACAUACUGGGAGACCCCCUGCAGACUUCACCCAAGCAGCCGCCGCCGCCGCCGUGGCAGCUGCUGCCGCCACGGCCACAGCCACGGCCACGGCCACAGUUGCUGCCCUACAAGAGAAGCAGAGCCAGGAACUGAGCCAGUAUGGAGCGAUGGGGGCUGGGCAGGCGUUCAAUAGCCAGUUCCUUCCUCACUCGGGGCCCCGAGGACCAGCCGUGCCCCCUGGGAUGAAUCCUGCCAACAUGGGUGGUGUGAUGGGAGCUUCUGGGAUGUCUCCUAUGAGCAUGAACACGGCGAGAGCUCCGGCAAUGAAUGCCAUGUACGGUGGACAACGGAUGCCCCAACACGGAUACCCAGGGCCUCCGCAAGGCCAGCAGAUUCCCAGGCAAAGCGUAAAGAGGACCUACUCUAGUGAGGGUUACCCCACACAACAGUACAUACAGGGAGGCCAGUACCCCACCCAGGCUGGACAAUACGCCGCCAAUGCGCCUCAGCCGUCUGCUCCGUCCCCCUCGUAUCCCGGCCACAGGAUGCCCAUGCAACAGGGAAUGAGCCAAUAUCUCUCUGCCUCUGGCACUAGUGGCCCGUACUAUAAGCCUACCGAUCAGUUCAAUGGUCAAAAUGCCAAUUUCAACGGGGGCAACUUCAACAGCUAUGGACAGGCUACUAUGAAUGGGCCUGGAAGAUCUAUGCCUGGUUACCCUAGCUCCCCACUACCUGGAAAUCCCACCCCUCCAAUGACACCUGGAAGUAACAUCCCCCCAUACAUGUCCCCAGGGCAGGAUGUAAAGUCACCAUUCCUUCCAGACAUCAAACCCAACAUCAACUCUUUGCAUCCCUCCCCUUCUGGUAACCCUUGCGACGAGUUGCGCUUGACGUUUCCUGUGCGGGAUGGCGUGGUAUUGGAACCCUUUCGUCUCCAGCACAACCUGGCUGUCAGCAAUCAUGUCUUCCAGCUCAGGGACUCUGUUUACAAGACGCUGAUGCUCAGGCCUGACUUGGAGCUGCAAUUUAAAUGCUACCACCACGAGGACCGACAAAUGAACACCAACUGGCCAGCCUCAGUCCAGGUUAGCGUGAAUGCGACGCCCCUGACCAUUGAGCGGGGAGACAACAAGACGUCGCACAAGCCCCUCUACCUAAAGCAGGUGUGCCAGCCUGGCAGAAACACCAUCCAGAUCACCGUCACCGCUUGCUGCUGCUCUCACCUCUUCGUCCUGCAGCUGGUGCACCGGCCUUCAGUGCGGUCCGUUUUGCAAGGCUUGAUAAAGAAGCGGCUGCUGCCGGCGGAGCACUGCAUCACCAAAAUAAAGCGAAACUUUAGCAGUGGCACAAUCCCUGGGACUCCGGGCCCAAAUGGCGAAGAUGGGGUGGAGCAGACGGCCAUCAAGGUGUCUCUGAAGUGCCCCAUCACUUUUCGGAGAAUCCAGCUUCCUGCAAGGGGUCAUGAUUGCCGGCACAUACAGUGCUUUGACCUGGAGUCCUACCUGCAGCUGAACUGUGAAAGAGGGACGUGGAGAUGUCCUGUUUGCAAUAAAACAGCUUUGCUGGAGGGGCUCGAAGUGGAUCAGUACAUGUUGGGGAUUCUGAUCUAUAUUCAAAACUCCGAAUACGAGGAGAUCACCAUCGACCCGACGUGCAGCUGGAAGCCCGUGCCCGUCAAGCCCGACAUCCACAUCAAGGAGGAACAGGACGGGCCCGUGCUGAAGCGCUGCCGCACCAUGAGCCCCACCCACAUGGUGAUGCCCAACGUCAUGGAGAUGAUUGCUGCCCUGGGGCCCGGCCCCUCGCCUUUUGGGCCUCUGCAGCCCCCGCCUGCCAACAGCGGCGGCAGCGACUACAGCAGCCAAAGUUCAAGCUUUUCCGGCCCUGGAAGUUUCCCAGAUUCAUUCCCUACUGUGAACCCCGGCACCCCGACGUUAAACGAAUUCAACCCCGGACCGCCCCCGAUCUCAUACCAGUCUGACAUUCCCAGCAAUCUGCUGACUCCCGAAAAGCCACCAGCGCCCUCCAUCACUGGGCAGAUGCCGCCGUCCAGCAGGAUGGACCCUUCUUCGCACAAUCCUGUGCAGCAGGGGCUAAACAACCCCAACCUCAGCAGUCAACAAGGGCAACAGCAGCAGCAGCAGCAACAGCAGCAGCAGCAACAGCAGCAGCAGCAGCAGCAGCAGCAACAGCAACAGCAGCAGCAGCAGCAGCAGCAGCCCCUCCACCACCGGAACCCUCCCACACCACAGUCGCGGCAGCCUAUGGGGCAGUCGGGCUCGGGAGGCCAGGCGCACGGAGGGGAACUCGCUUUCAAUCCUGGUCCUGGGAUGGGCGGGACGCCUGGACCGGUGGAAGGGCCCGAGCCUUCCCUUGACCUGCUUCCCGAGCUGACGAACCCAGAUGAGCUGCUGUCCUACCUGGGACCCCCUGACCUCCCCAAUAACAGCAACGAUGACCUGCUUUCUUUGUUUGAGAACAACUGAAGCCGCCCAUUAUGGAACGCAGUCAACAAGCUCCACACACACACCACACACCUGCACAUCACGUACACACACGCCAACACACACUCACACUUUUCUCUCUCACAAAAUGGAUCCCAUAGCUUCCCAGGCUCUCACUGAGAGAGAGGCCUUGCCUUGUAUAGCGGCGGCGCCCACUGAGUUCUACCAGUGAGUCAGAACAGUACUGAGGUGGCCCAAGGCACUUUGGCCAGGCAGUAACCCCAUUUUCUUAGAAUUGCCUCUAGCCUACAGGAGAGCUCCCGUGGACACUAGAGCAGCUGGCUUUAGCGGUUUGGGAAAUCCUUCCUACACAGGAGAGCGGAUAGUGCUGGUGGAAGGGACCGUUCCUGACGAAUUUCUUUUUAACAAGCUCUCAGACCAUGCCAAGGUGCGAGGUCAGCCACGCGGCGGCUAUAUUGUUUCGACUGAUCUGCCCAAGAGACAUCCUGUAAACCCACAGCCAGGGAAGGAAGAGAUGGAGCCAAACAGCUUCCUGAAAUUUUAGCAGAACUGAUGACUCUCCCCUUCCUUCCUCAUGCACGUCGUUCUGCCAUUUGAGAAGUCUUGGGAUGGACAGAUUUGCCUGGACACGUGAAGCUAUCGAAUGAAACUGGCUCCUCCUUGUCGAUACUUUUCCUCGUGUUUUUAAGCCUCAAGCUCCAAGGAAGGGCAGAGACCUACCGCAUCUGGAAGAAGUACAUGGAGCUUGCUUGCUCUUGCAUGUCCCUGGAGCUGGAGGCCCCCAAGAACCAGGCUCUGCCCGUCCAAACUCCCCAGUCCUGAGAUGGACAAGCGGCUGUUUUGUCUUACGGCUUCCAGCGUCAUGGAAGUGCCAGAACAAACCAGAAUCGGGAUCAGAAAACCUGUCCAUGCUCCCUGCUCCAAAGGUUUGGUUUCUGUCAAAGCACCUCACAAGAACUUGAGCUGGAAAACUCCUCUCCCCCCCCCCCCCAUUUCUUCCCCAUGGACUACUGCAGCAAAGAAGCAUAACUCUGGCUGGAAGAACACGCCAUUCCCUGGACACAGCCUGACAGACUGUCUCCAUCAGUCGAUGGAUCUGUCUACAAGCACAACAAUGUAAAUAAUGUAGAAACACUAAAAGGAAACAAAAGUGAGGGGUGGGAGUUGAGAGGGCGGGGAGGGGAGGGAAAGAAAUAUUUAAAAGCAAGCGCAUCACUCUGUUGUAUAGUCUCAAGGGCUUCCCAGCCUUGGGGCGAAAGUCCUCUGUAUAAAUGUGCAUAAGCUUCCUAGAUUGUAAUAUAGACCAUUCCAUAUGGGGGCUGUGUGCACCAUCCAGAGACUUGAUGCCUUUAGCCAUAGCUGGGACCUGUCCCUUGCGUUGAUGACAUUUGUGCGUCCCACCAAAGUAGGAUCUGGAUGCUGAGAAUUAACUCAUUUUAAGCCCGAGCCCCAGAAAUUAAGUGCAACAAGUCAGUCCAAAACAACGUGUGUAUGUGUUGACCUGCCAUUCCCCUCCAUCCCGCUCAGGAACCUACUUCAGUUGAGGUUGCAUUUGGGAUGGCGUCAAAGAGGUCCCAAAGGUUACCUGUUUAUGUGAAGAAUCAAACCAUUGUUUGUGGCCGGGUUUCCUGAGCCAGGGAGUCCCUGUGUCCAAGUGCUGACAGCUCUGUUGAGUUUUGUGUAUCUUGUUUCAUUAUUACUAUAUAUUAAAGGAUUCUUUUUGGUGGGGCUCGCCAAAUA